UUGGCCCAAAAAUAACAAAUCGGAUUUUUUUUUUUCGGCCUUACACUGGAGCUGUAGAGGAAGAGAUACGUUAUGGGGGGUGUUUAUAACAGAGAUGCAGUACCUUACCUUCAUCACAACUCCCCCGUCCUCAUAUCAUUGUGUAGCCUAGCAGGGACAGUGAGGCCAUCACGCUAAACCAUUAUGACGGGUACUACAGAUUUCAGCCAUGCCAUGGGCGUUAUUGAAACCAACAGCACCGAUUACGAAUAUGAUGAGGAUUAUACAGACGAGGUCUGUAACAAAGCCGGCGUUGUCAAGUUUGGUUCCAUCGCCACCCCUGCUUUCUUCUCUGUGGUGACUAUCCUGAGUCUAGCGGGCAACAUCCUGGUCCUGGCCAUCCUUGCCAAGUACGAGAACCUCAAGUCUCUCACCAACAUCUUCAUCCUCAACUUGGCCCUAUCUGACCUGGUUUUCACCUUUGGUCUGCCCUUCUGGGCAGCCUACCACAUCUGGGGCUGGACCUUUAGCAGGAUCCUCUGCAAGACCGUCACCUUUGUCUUCUACGCUGGCUUCUACAGCAGCGUUUUGUUCCUGACCAUCAUGACUAUCCACCGCUACCUGGCCGUGGUGCAUCCUCUGUCCGACCAUGGUUCCCAAAGGGGCUGCUAUGGGGUCACAGUCUCUCUCGUCAUCUGGGUUGUUAGUUUUGGGGCGGCCGUCCCUGCUUUGAUUUUCAGCUCUGUCCAAGAGAACCCCCAUGAAGGAGACAUCCAUUUUUACUGUGAAUACUGGGAUCCGCUGUGGAAGAGAGUGGGCAGCUACCAACAGAACAUCUUCUUCUUGGCUGCUUUUGCAGUGAUCGGGUUCUGCUACGUGAGGAUAUUGAGGACAAUCUUCAAGUCAAGGUCACACAUGAGGAAUCGAACCGUGAAGCUGAUCUUCAGUCUAGUGGCAGUAUUUUUCCUUGGCUGGGCGCCUUACAACGUGGUGAUAUUUCUGAGGUUGUUGCAUGACUACUCCGUAGCACCUUUCAAUACUUGUGAGGUCAGCACAUGGCUCGACUAUGGGUUCUAUGUGUGUCGACUGAUUGCUUUCUCCCACUGCUGUCUCAACCCUGUCUUCUACGCAUUUGUUGGGAUUAAGUUCAGAAAUCACUUGAAGGUGAUCUUGCUGAAGCUUUGCCAUCGCCAAAGCACCAUGGAUACACAACAGAUUAGAUUACCUAACAUAUACUCGAUGGGAUCAAUGUACUAGCGCAGGGGUCUUCAACCUUUUCUUGACCAGGGACCCACGCCAGGCAAACCGGCGACCCAUCAUAUGUUAGCAAAAAAAAAAAAUCACAUCUUGUCAAAUCGAAAUCAAAUCAAAUUUAUUGAUCACAUACACGUGUUUAGCAGAUGUUAUUGCAGGUGUAGCGAAAUGCUUGUGCUUCUAGCUCUGACAGUGCAGUAAUAUCUAACAAGUAAUAUCUAACAGUUUCACAACAUAUACCCAAAAUACACGUAAAUAUAAGUAAGGAAUGGAUUAAGAAUAUAAAUAUAUGUCAGAGCGGCAUUGGGCUAAGAUACAGUGGCAUAGUUUAGAAUACACUAUAUACAUAUGAGAUGGGUGAUGCAAUAUUUACACACAAUUAAAGUGACAAAGUGACUUAUACAUAUGAGUAAUGAAAGAUACGGAGACAUUAUUAAAGUGGAUAGUGUUUCAUUUCCUUAAAGUGGCCAGUGAUUCCUAAUCUAUGUCUAUAGUCAGCAGCCUCUGAUGUGCUGAAGAUGGCUGUUUAACAGUCAGUGGUGUAGUAUAUAUACAGUAUAUACAUAUGAAAUGUGUGAUGCAAUAUGUAAAGACAAUUUAAAAGUCACCCAGAUACUGUAGAAUAGUGUGAAGUGCAGUUCAUACAUAUGAGAUGAGUAAUGCUAGAUACGGAAACAUUAUUAAAGUAGCUAAUGGGCCUCCCGGGUGGCGCAGUGGUCUAGGGCACUGCAUCGCAGUGCUAACUGCGCCACCAGAGUCUCUGGGUUCGCCCCCAGGCUCUGUCGCAGCCGGCCGCGACCGGGAGGUCCGUGGGGCGACGCACAAUUGGGCUAGCGUCGUCCGGGUUAGGGAGGGUUUGGCCGGUAGGGAAUUCCUUGUCUCAUCGCGCUCCAGCAACUCCUGUGGCGGGCUGGGCGCAGUGCGCGCUAACCAAGGGGGCCAGGUGCACGGUGUUUCCUCCGACACAUUGGUGCGGCUGGCUUCCGGGUUGGAGGCACGCUGUGUUAAAGAAGCAGUGCGGCUUGGUUGGGUUGUGCCUCGGAGGACGCAUGGCUUUCGACCUUCGUCUCUCCCGAGCCCGUACGGGAGUUGUAGCGAUGAGACAAGAUAGUAAUUACUAGCGAUUGGAUACCACGAAAAUUGGGGAGAAAAGGGGAUAAAAUAAAAAAAAUAAAAAAAGUAGCUAAUGAUCCAUUUCUAAACGUGGCCAGUGAUUCCUAAUCUGUGUCUAUAGGCAGCCGCCUCUGAUGUGCUAGUGAUGGCUGUUUAGCAGUCUGAUGGCCUUGAGAUAGAAGCUGUUUUUCAUUCUCUCGGUCCCAGCUUUGAUACACCUAUACUGAUCUCGCCUUCUUGAUGAUAGCGAGAUGAACAGGCAGUGGCCCGGGUUGUUGAUGUCCUUGAUGAUCUUUUUGGCCUUGUUAGGGCAUCGUGUGCUUUAGCUGUCUAGGAGGGCGGGAAGUUUGCCCCCUGUAAUGAGUUGGGAAGACCGCACCACCCUCUGGAGAGCUUUGCGGUUGUGGGCGGUGCAGUUGCCGUACCAGGCAGUGAUACAGCCCGACAGGAUGCUCUCAAUUGUGCAUCUGUAAAAGUUUGUAAGGGUUUUAGGUGUUAAGUCAAAUUUCUUUAUCCUCCUGAGGUUGAAGAGGCGCUCUUGCGCCUUCUUCACCACACUGUCUGUGUGGGUGGCUGCCCACUCAUAUCACCAGGUUUUGUAAGGGCACAGCUUUGGGUU